AUGGAAAUUGAAAGUGGAAACGAUCUUGUUUGGGCUCGUAUGAAAUACUGUCCAUUCUGGCCAGCACGUGUUGUCAAAACUCCGCCGACAAUGGGCCGUACACCCCGCAAUAAAAAGUGCGUCUUUUUUUUCGGUACAAAGCAAUUCGGUUUCGUUGAUUCAGACAAGAUAUUUGGCUAUUCAGAACAUCGAGCAAAAUAUGUUUCGAAGGGAAAAGGUGUUGGUUUUGUCGACGCUGUUCACAAAAUUGACGAGUACAUAUUGGACCCCGUGAAAUACAAAUCGAACGCAUGUGUGUUAAUAGAUCAGGUUGUCAUCAAGACCGAACGCGAUGUAGAAAAUACGCUGGGAAUUAAGUGUGAAGCAAAUGCUCGAUCUGAUUCUCGUUCAAUGGUGAACCCAAAACCAUCUUCAGUGGCAAAUACAGCUUCUUGGGCUCAGGAAAGACAAUCUUUGAUCGAUAAAAUUAUUUCGUUGACAUCGGAAAAUCAAAAAUCCACAUUUGAAUUGAAGCAAACACAGGAUAAAUUGGCAGUGUUGAAUUCAGCCAAACAAGAGCUUCAAACCAAAUUGAAUCAAAGUAAUGAGGCCCACAUGAAGAAAGUGGACAAGUUGAAUUCUGAACUAUCGGAGACGAAUGCUGUACUUGCAAAACUACGCAGCGAUAAUCGAGACAAAAUAUUGGAAUUGACACGUGAAAAAGAUUUGGCCCAAGCACGACUCAAACAAGUACAAAAUGGAAUUGCACGCCAGCAAAUUGCUGUUGAAUCAAGCGCCAAGGACAAUGAUGAUGGUUUUUGUGAAGUGGAGAAACUACUUGCCGAUAAAAUGGUUCAAAAGCGUAUUUAUCUCGUUCGAUGGAAAAGAUAUGGUUCGUCAGACGACUCAUGGGUGGAAGAAGCCAAUCUCAAUUGCCCAAGCAUUUUGAAAAAAUAUAAACAGCUUAAGCGUAAAUGAUCUUGUUAAAUUAAGUGGAAGCCCCAAAACUAUGAUUUUUUUCUUGAAAAAUAUCCCUUUUUAAUUUAAUUCCUUCAUUUUGUCAUUUGGAAAAAAUGUACCACAAGAGAACCUAAUAAAAUAAGCUUCAAUUUCUACCAAGAUAUCUAUUGACUUUGAGAACAAACCGCUACCAAUACGGCUACUGCUCAGUUGUCAAAUGUAAUGCUGUGUAGUGUGUAGUCAU